GGGCUUUAGUCUCUCUUUGAUUGACACUCUGCUCCACAUAAAAAAAGAAGGGCAGCAGACUUUGCAUCUCUGUCCCUAUUUACUCCUUUGCUUAGCAUUCUCCAUCUGCCACUUUCCUUUUAUCAAACAGGAAUAACGGAAGGUGAUUUAUAUGAUGGGGGAGAGGAUCCCACCAGGGAGUUACUUUCAGUAUCCGCCAUCUGGAGUCCCGGCUUCCCCUCAUAGGACUUCUUCUCUUUCUACGGAUCGUGAAAGAUAUUUAGCUGAAUUAUCGGCAGAGAAACAGAAGUUGAUACCUUUUACACAAGUACUGCCUCUAUGUACCAGGCUUCUUAAUCAAGAGAUCAGAAGGGUCUCGGGUCUUACUCCUAGUUUUGUGGAUCAUGAGAGAUUUGAGCAUGAUAGUCCUUUCAGGUUAUUGGGUCAACAUCCCAGCGGGAGACCGAUGGACUUGGAGGGAUGGUCUGUAAUGCAAACAGAGGAAAAUGGACACAUGCAACGAGUUGCUCCAGUUCAAGCUGCAUCAAUGGGUUGGCCUGGUUUGCCAAGAGCUCCUACAACACCAAUUGUAAAGAGAGUUGUUAGACUUGAUGUACCUGUGGAUAAAUAUCCAAGUUUUAACUUUGUUGGCCGAAUCUUAGGACCACGAGGGAACUCCUUAAAGAGAGUUGAAGCCAUGACAGAGUGUAGGGUGUACAUAAGAGGCAAGGGUUCUGUCAAGGAUUCUGUAAAGGAGGAGAAGCUGAAAGAUAAACCCGGAUACGAACACCUUAAUGAGCCACUGCAUGUGUUGGUGGAGGCUGAAUUUCCCGAGGACAUGAUAAAUUCUCGUUUGGAGUAUGCUGUUGCAAUACUAAAAAACCUUCUGAAACCUGUGGAUGAAUCCUUAGAUAGCUAUAAGAAACAGCAGCUUAGGGAGUUGGCUUUGCUAAAUGGUACCUUAAGGGAAGAGAGCCCGAGUAUGAGCCCAAGCAUGAGCCCUAGUAUGUCACCCUUUAACAGUGCAGGAAUGAAGCGGGCUAAGACUGGAAGAUGACGGUGGACAUAUGAUCAAUUGAAAUCAUAGCCAUAACUUGGGGAGGCCGAGUUAGGAAGAUGUAAGUCGAACUCUGAGUUUUGGGCAAUCUCCAAUGAGAUCCCUGUUCUUUCAUGUAUCAUUCAUUCCCCUUAAGGUUUGAUGUCUCUACUUCAUUAGUUAAAAUAACAUUUCCCCUAAUUACUUUUAGCCACGUUCCUUCUGCUUCUGAUGUGCUCCAACAUUCUUUGUUCUGACAAUCUUACAAUAUUUUAUGUAUAUUUCUACAUAUGCGUGCUCCCUUCAUUAUAAGAUACAAUCAUUGUAUUGUCUUUUUUCUUAAUAGUAAGUAUUAUCUC